AUGACGCAUCUAGUGUCGGGGAUAGCGACGCCGCUCCUAGAUUCGCGGGAAGCUCUGGAGUCCGAGAUCAAGCGGCUGCAGGAGCGGCUGAACACGGUGGAGACCGAGAACGCGGCAAUGAGCGUGAAAUUGAAUCAGCACCAAUGGGAGCUCGAGAACCGGCUGACCGAGAUCGAGAUGCAGAUCUGCGGAUCGAGGUCCACCUCCAGUCUGGAGGACAACGAGCGGAACAGGGAAAGCUUCAUUUAA